UCAGCCCAAUCCCAGCAGCUGGAGCUGAUCGAUUCCACCCUCCGAUUUCGGCUUCUUGCGGUGACGCUCUGCCAACAGCUUCACUCGUAGUUCCAGGUCGCCUCUGCUAUAUCACGUAGUAGUAGUGUCAGCUCCACUGCUCAGACUCUUGAGAGGAGUUUUUAUCUCUGCUGGAGCCGCUGGCAGGCACACUGUUCGGCAUUUGAGCACUCUGCGUAACGUUCGAUUUUAGGUUGAGACCUAGACUUCGUGCUUUAUAGCCUCGGUGUAGUAGCCUCGGCGUCCUAGCUUCGGAGCCGCGCAUCUCCAUGGCGGAAGCAGGCCAGCCGGAACCAGCCCAGUCAGCUGCAGCAGCGCCGCCGGCCCCAGCGGAUCCAGCUCAAGCGGAAGAGAAGAAACAGCCGGGCUGCGGCGGCUGUGAUUUCUGGUGUUGGGUGAAGACUCUUGGCAAGAUAACUAGUGAUGUGACUAAGAACAUCAAAUAAUCACAGCAACGUCUUGCUAUAUUUCACCAACUGGCGAUCUCGAAUGCUCGUGCGACAUCAUCCCAAAAUUCCAGGAUCAGAAAUACGGAGUAGGUAUACAGUAGGUAUGGCAUAGGUACGUCUGCUACGGAGUAGCCUUGCUAUACGAACAACUAUACCUACAAUAUAGGAGAGGUCCACAUUUUUGUGAUGAUGGCUUGGCUGCCAGCUGCGGCUGCUCCAGCUGAGGCAGGGAAGCGGGAAGAGAAGAAACAAGACAGCAGUGGCUGCGAUCUUUAGUGCUAGAUGGAAGCCACUGGAAAGACCUGUCAGUGAGAUGAUGUAGAGAUGAGGUUUAUUCAAAGGAUCCUGCUCAUUUGGCUUAUUUGUACUUAUUAUUGAUUGUAGAUCAUUACCUGAUAAAGCAAUCAGAGUAAUGAUGAUCUGACUGUUAAAUUAUAUAUGUUAUAUAAUUUGGCUGAGACAGCCGCUCCAGUGCAGGUUCGUCCAGGAAAGGGCCACCGCCCCAAGGCUGGGCGCGGCGGUGGUGGGGGUGGAGGAGGUGGGGGUGGAGGAGGUGGUGGAGCCGGGUCGUCCGCUGGGGGUGCUGACGACGGCGCUGGGCCUAGCACCGCCAAGCAGCAGUCUCAGCAGCAGCAGCAG